UUGUGAGCGCCGCAGUGCGCAUGCUCACUAUAGUAGCCGGUUAUGGUGGCCGUGCAUGUUUGUCCAUGAGGUGGGGGACGCCUGCUGUUCCUGCAGUCUGUGACAGAGCGAUUCGAGCGACUCGCUGCCAUGGCUGGAGUGUUUGACAUUGAUUUGGACCAGCCGGAGGAGAAUGUCUCCGAUGAUGAGAACGAGGAGAUUGAAAUCAGUGACAUUAUGGAGCAGUGCGCUGGAUUUGAGUUCGACAUGGACGGCUGUGAGAAGAUUGAGAUCUCCGAGGACAACGUCAACCAGGGGGCGGAGAACAUCAGACCGGAGUGCUUUGAGCUGCUGCGGGUUCUCGGGAAAGGUGGUUAUGGAAAGGUUUUCCAAGUUCGCAAAGUUGUCGGAGCUGCAUCGGGCAAGAUAUUUGCCAUGAAAGUUUUAAAAAAGGCUAUGAUUGUUCGCAAUGCCAAGGACACGGCUCACACCAAGGCAGAGAGGAACAUUCUGGAGGAGGUGAAGCAUCCCUUCAUCGUCGAUCUCAUCUACGCCUUCCAGACCGGAGGGAAGCUGUACCUCAUCCUGGAGUACCUCAGCGGAGGAGAGCUGUUCAUGCAGCUGGAAAGGGAGGGCAUCUUCAUGGAGGACACAGCCUGUUUUUACCUAGCAGAGAUCUCCAUGGCUCUGGGUCAUCUGCACCAAAAAGGCAUCAUCUACAGAGACCUGAAGCCUGAAAACAUCAUGCUCAACAGCCAAGGUCACGUGAAGCUGACCGACUUCGGCCUGUGUAAAGAGUCCAUUCAUGACGGGACGGUGACACACACGUUCUGUGGGACUAUUGAGUACAUGGCUCCGGAGAUCUUGAUGAGAAGUGGACACAACCGAGCGGUAGACUGGUGGAGUCUGGGUGCUCUGAUGUACGACAUGCUUACAGGAGCGCCUCCUUUCACCGGUGAGAACCGUAAAAAGACCAUUGACAAGAUCCUGAAGUGCAAACUCAGCCUUCCACCCUACCUCACACAAGAAGCCAGAGAUCUCCUCAAGAGGCUGCUAAAGAGAAAUGCCUCUUCACGGCUGGGAGCUGGACCAGGAGAUGCAGCAGAAGUACAGGCUCAUCCUUUCUUCCGAUUUAUCAACUGGGAAGAUUUACUGGCUCGGAAAGUGGAGCCUCCCUUCAGACCUAUUCUGCAAUCAGCGGACGAUGUGAGUCAGUUUGACUCAAAGUUCACCAGUCAGACGCCAGUCGACAGCCCGGACGACUCCACGCUCAGUGAGAGUGCAAAUCAAGUCUUCCUGGGUUUCACGUAUGUCGCUCCAUCAGUCCUGGAAAACAUCAAAGAGAAGUUUUCGUUUGAGCCAAAAAUCCGCUCACCUCGACGAAUUAUGGACAGCCCAAGAACUCUUCCUAGCCCUGGCUGGGCCCGCAGCCCCCUCCUGCCCGGCAUUGGACCGAGUGUCCUCCACUCUCCUCAGGAGCAGGCCAUGGACAUGUCCAGCAUGGAGCAGAUGGACAUCACGAGCAGCUCCGAGGCCUCUGCUCCUCUUCCUAUCCGACAGCCAGCCGGGAUCAACCAUAUGAAGCAGCAGGCCUACCCCCUCGUGGCCAAGCGGCCUGAGCAUCUACGUAUGAACCUAUGACCUCUGACUCUUCGCCUCUUCGUUGAUACGUUUUAAAAACAAAGAAAACACGAUGGAUGCUCAAGACAAUGAAAAUCCACAAUUGUACACUACACAUGCUGUCACAAGCAGGAGUUUUCGUGUGCGUCAGAAGACAGCAGUGUCCCGCCACUUCUCCUCGGACACUUGGGAACGGCGACCUGUCGCCUUCACAUUGUACGCUUGGGACUGAAACGCCGUCGGUCCAAAUUACAGGACGUCCAGAGUGCUUCAGGCCGUUUCAGCUCAUCUCAGUGAUUAUUGGACAGAUUGUGGCUUUGAAUAAAUUAGGUGUACUAUUUAAAGAAAACAAGUCAAAGGAAUGAUUGUGACUGGCUGAGGCUCCGUCCCCGAGACGUGAAGUUUUGUUUUAGUCAUACAAAGAGGGACGCAUCAGCUGAUUCAGAGCCUGAAUUAAAUCAGAUAAAAUUGC